AUGCAACGCGCAGAUGAGAGUAUUUACUCUCAGGUGUCGCAGCAGCGCAACUCUGACUCGCUCUUUGACCUUGCUGGUAGUUCUGUCAUCAGUACAAAGGCAUUUCCAUUUUUAACUAAGUACAAAAGGGAUGAUUCUGUUUCAAGAAGCAUUGAUGAAGUUGCUUCAGCCAGAAGCGGAAGAUUUAGGGAACCUGAUAAAACAACUUUGCCUUCAAGAAAUUUUGACAUCAUAACCUUUGGGAGAGAUUCUGGCAAGAAUGAACAACAGGAGCAACAAAAACAGCAAAAUAAUUUAUUUGGCAUGGAUAGCGAUGAAGUAGAAAAACGCAAGAAAGUGGCAGCAACACUAAGAGAACUGGAAGAAAUGAUCAGAUUGGAAGAAAGAUUGGCAGCUGCUCAAAGAUUCAACAAACAACUAGAGCAACAACAGCAUCAAGAACCUUCAAAAGAUAGAAGAAGACAAGAGUUUGAAGGUGGAGACAGCAGCAGCAGACAAAGGAAUGAGCGAGAUGACCAGCAGCCAGCUACCAAUAGAGACAUAGUGUUGAGGCUUUACACAUCAGACAGAGACCAACUGAUGUCAGCCCCAUCAUCAUCAUAUGAAGAAGAUUCCACUUCAAACCUGAAAACUUACUACCCUCAACCCCAAUUGGCCCACCAUGAGGAAGUACAACCAGAAGACAGGUCCUACAACUUGUACCCUCAAAACCCAGGAAACAGUUAUGAGAGACCACCACCACCAGUACCAUCCUCAUCAUACAACAAACCUAAGAAUAAUUAUGAGCAGAGUGAUGAGGAUCACUACCAGCAGCAAAGACAGCCUGCCAUCAUAGCCAGUAAUAGUCCUCAAGGACCAGUGAUUCACAUCACACUCAAUCAACAUUUGCCUCUUGGGGAUAGUGAUGGGGAUAAAGAUGGGAUGGGUAACCAGCAGAGGGAUACUGGAGAUAUGACCCCAGCUCCACCUGCUACUCCUACUGCUUCAGACAUGCCUUCUGGACCUUCUCCUGCUGUGGCUCCACCUGCUGCUUUCCCACAAUUUUUCCCCACCUUUGGACAGUCUCAAGGUUUCUUUCAAGGUGUGCCACAACCCAUACAACAGUCACCACCAGCAGCAUUGCCAGCACCAGUGCCACCACCCACUCAACCAGUGGUUGUUGUGGUCUCACCAAAUAAGAAAGGAGGUUAUAGUCACUAUGACAGUGACUCAUCUGGAGCAGGAGUGAAAGUGGUGAAUGGACAAUAUCAUACUGGGGCACAACAGAGCUACAAAAAGUCUAGGAAUGAAGAAGUCAAAGGAAGGUCAUUGAGCUACACUAUUAGGAUACCAGGGGAUCAGUCUGAUGACAGCCAGGAAUCAAGGUCUUCAUCAUACAGUAGGAGACCAAGAACAGUGAUAUCAAGGAACAACAGAGGAGCAGGUGACAUCUACACAUCAGGCUCAAAGCCACAAGAGAUCUUCCUGAACAUUGGAUCAGAUGGCAUUGUGAGACCAUCAGGAAAAAGAAGGAACAAACGAUCCAGUGAUCCUCAAGAGAGAAAGCUAUUGAAAUUUUUGCAAGUAGAUGUUGCUGCAAGACAAUCAAGGAAAGGUGACCCUGAAAGACUGAAUAAAGAUCUUAUUGGAAGAGGGAGUGGAGAAAUGAGUGAGACUUUGGGUGACACCUACACCAACAACAGAGAUAUUACUUCUACUCAAAAAAGGAUGCUACCUAUAGGUGGCAACUAUAACAGUAAAGACUACUUUUUCCAGAUGCGUCACAUUGCAGAUAAGUCACCAAGAAGAGAAAAUAAGCACAUCUACAAGAAAGAAGGCAAAUACCAUGUUCCAUAAGUGAUGAUACACCGCAAACCAGUGGCGUCCUCUACAUCUUAUCACCUGCAGUGAUGAACAAAUCCUUGGAACAAUCUUUCCAGAUUCCUUUGAAGGCACCAGUUCAUCAUAACUACACUAUGUGCUGAAGCACAUUGAGUCAAAAACAUUGAUGGAUUGAAAAUUUUUCUUUUUGAGCAUGCAGAUCCUUAUCUCAAUUUGGUCACACCAUUUAUUCAGGCAAAAGUUUUGUUUGUGUAUCAGUUGGCAACAAUUGCAGUGCAUGAUACCAUAUAACUUUCCUUCUAAUAUUCCAUGGUAGCUAACAAGUUUUGUUUCACUGCCCAUAGUUUUAAUGUGUGCUUGAAGAGGAUAUAAUUUCACAAGCUGAGCUAAAGGUUGUAUGCAUUCCUUUUAUUUGAAGGUCUUGAAAUGUGUCUUCAUCUUGAAGAAUUAGAGUUUUGGAGCUUGCUCUACAAAAUCCUCAGGUUAACUCAAGGACUAUCAAAAAUACAUAGUGAAAAAGUAUUAUUUUCAAUUUUGCCAAAAUUUAGAUCAACU